UGCAAGUGUUGAAGACAUCUUGAAACGAUUGAAGAUGCUUUAAAUACUUUUUUUAACUUCAACAUGUUCUAGUUUAAGUAAAUCCGAUUCUGAUUGGCUCUUGAAUUUAUUGUAAACUCGAAACGACCAAUCAAAUCAAUUUAAGAAAAUGCAUGUGAAGCGGUCACUGUCCCAGGCGGAUCGUCGACGUCUUAUCGCUGCGAGCGCUAGCGCGAGCGAUUCGGAUGUCACGGGGGAGCUCUCGGAGGACGAUAAGCCGCUGAGAUCCGUGGCGCAGAGAAAGAAGCGCAAGGUCGAAGGUCAGGAAACGCCACAAGCCAAGAAAGCCUCAAAUGAAUCUGAAAAUGAAAUAAUCGAACCGAUUUUUGAGGACGAUUCGGCUGUUGAUGAGGCAGAACUUCAACUUUUGGCAAUUGAAUCUCGGCGUCUCGACUUCGAGGUGGCCAAGUGGAAGCAGCACCAAGCGCUCAGGCACGAGACGCUGAAGCUCAAGAGUGAAGAGAUCACUUUAAAAGAGACAACCACCAAGCAGAAACAGCAGACGCAGAUGAUGGAGCUCCGAGCAAGACUCAUUCAGGCACUGGACGAGGCUGGUAAGGACCCUGCUGAAUCCAAGAAAUACCUCGCACUACUAGAAGAAUGAAGACAAAUGGAGAGAAUGAUCGGAAUUCACGUAGUACAAUUGAUUAUUCAGCGACAGGAGUGAAUGCUGUACGUUUUUCACGUACCUAACAUACCGCGGCAAAGUUACAUCUCCUUGUCCAUGAACUCCUCGUAACUCUGACCGAACAGCCGCUGC